CCUUUCUUCGCCAACAGGUGUAGCAAGCAGACAUGCGUAUCGAGAAAUGUUAUUUUUGCUCAACGAACGUGUAUCCUGGGCACGGAAGUGCCUUCGUCCGUAAUGAUUCGAAGGUAUUCCGGUUUUGCACUUCAAAAUGCCACAAAAACUUCAAAAUGAAGCGAAAUCCUCGCAAAGUAAGAUGGACGAAGGCUUUCCGUAAAGCAGCAGGGAAGGAAAUGACGAUUGACUCUACAAUCGACUUUGAGAAGCGUAGAAACGUACCUGUCCGCUACGAUCGCGAAUUGAUACAUACGACAAUCAACGCCAUGAAACGCAUUGGAGAGAUUAAACAGCGGAGAGAGCACGCAUUCUGGAAGUCAAGAAUGUCAGUUGCUCGGGAAAAACAACGCGCGCACAGGACAAAGAAAUUGGCUGCGAAGUCGGUGUCUGUCAAACUGCUCGAGCCAACUGCAAUGGAGGAAACCAUUGAAGUACUAGAUAAAAUAAAAGUGCCAGCAAAAAGCAGAACUGCACUUAUGAAAGGGGAAGAGCGAUCGAUGGGCAUGGAAUUUUAGCUCCAUUGUAAUCCGAGGGUGUUUAGGUGUAUAACCCAGAUAUAAGACCUAUUCCAGACUCAUACUCGAUGUGGAUGAAAAUUCGAGCGUCCGGGAGUUGCGAGUAAACGAGAAAAGUAAACUGUCCUAACCCGACCCAA